GGGGGGAGAGGGCGGCCCCCCCCUGUACUGCCGGGUGGAGAUGGUACAGUCCGGACCGAACUCUUUAUGUGAAUGAAAGGCCGGAGAGGAGAUACAAUGUAUCCGGGGGAGUGAGGGAGAGGACUACCACCCCCACCGGGGACUCAGGGGUCUUUUCCAAACUCCAUUUCCAUUUUUUUCAGAAUGACGCCCCGCAUCGGCCUCUCCUGCGUCCUGUGGUGUCUCCUCGCCAUCGGCGAUGAUGCCCAGGCGUCCAGCAAGGAUCAGGACAAGCCCACCGCCAGACCUGUAUUCAGCAGUCGCCCUUUCAUGGUGGCGUGGAACGCGCCCACUCAGGACUGCCCGUCGCGCUUCGACAUGCCUUUCGACCUGCGGCUCUUUGACCUCAACGCCUCCCCCAACUUGGGGUUCACCAGGCAAAACCUCACCAUCUUCUACAAGGAGCGCCUGGGGUUCUACCCUUACAUCACCGAGCGCAACGUUUCCAUCAACGGAGGCGUGCCCCAGAACGCCAGCCUGCGGUCGCACCUCGACGAGAUGCCCAAGGGGAUCAACAAAUACAUCCCGGAAGCGGAUAAGGAGAAGGACGGGCUGUCGGUCAUCGACUGGGAGGAAUGGCGUCCCAUUUGGAUCCGGAACUGGCAGCCGAAGGACAUUUACAGGCAGGUUUCGCGGCAGCUGGUGAAUUCUCGCCACGCCAACUGGACGAGCGAGGACCAGGUCAAGCAAGCUCAGUAUGAGUUUGAGAACGCCGCCCGCGAGUUCAUGGCGGAAACGCUGCGGUACGGCAAAAACUUUCGCCCCCGCCAGCUCUGGGGGUAUUACCUGUUCCCGGAUUGUUACAAUCACGACUACCUGACCAACCGGGACAGCUAUACCGGCAAGUGCCCCGACGUGGAGAUGACGCGGAACGACAAGUUGUGGUGGCUGUGGGAGGAGAGUACCGCCCUUUUCCCAUCCAUCUACCUGGACUCCGUGCUGAAGUCUUCCGCAAACGGGCGCAAAUUUGUUCACCACCGGGUGAAAGAGGCCAUGAGGAUCGCCUACAAACACCACCGAGACUACUCCGUCCCCGUCUUUGUGUAUACGAGACCCACCUACACAAAACGACUAGAUCUCCUUUCCCAGGAGGAUCUCAUCUCCACCAUCGGGGAGAGCGCCGCGCAGGGGGUGGCCGGAGUAAUAUUUUGGGGUGACGCGGAAUACACCAGAAAUAAGGAAACCUGCCAGAAGAUUAAGUCGUAUGUGGAUGAAGAUUUGGGGCGAUACAUUGUGAAUGUCACCACCGCGGCUUCUCACUGCAGCCAGGCGCUGUGCGGCGGCAACGGACGCUGCCUGCGCAAAGAAAACGUCACCGACGCCUUCCUGCACCUCAACCCCGCCAACUUCCGUAUUGUGACCGCCAAAUCUCCCACGUCCAACGCCUCGGUCCCUAUAUGGGCGGAGGGUCAGCUCUCGGCGGGGGACGUGGCCCUUCUGCAGACUCAGUUCCGCUGUCAGUGUUACAUUGGCUGGCACGGGGGCUCCUGCAGCCUGCAGAAUAGUACAUAUAAAAUCGCGGGAGCCGCGGAGCUCUUCUAUGGCCGCGUCUGGCUGUGGUUAUUAAUGGCGUCCCUUCUAAUGCUGCUUUAAGUGUCGUGACCUCGCGGGACCCUUGAACUUUUUUAGACACUACAGCGGCCGCCGGACGCGGUCUCCAAUCCGCAGCGAUGAAAGGGGAGCGUGAACAUUAUUUAUUUGUUACUGAACUCUCCAUUCUGAGCCGGGAUGGCUCUGUGUAUUCCUACCUCUAGGACCUGAUGAUAGGGGGGGGAGGGGUCCCCCCUCCGCACACCUGCCGCUACACCAGCAGUAGGUACAAGGGGCGAGCGGGUCACCUCGGAGCCCGCCAAUUCUAAGAACUGUGCAAUAUGAUUCUCUUCCAGUGUCCGGAGAUUCGGGAAGCUGCUUAAUUUUUUUUUAACCAAGUUGAUGCCUUGCUAGCGAUCGUUGCGGUCCUUUUCCGCCGCGGUCUCCGGCAGUGCUAAUGGUGGCAAGGCGCUCAGGAAACGUACCAUUGUGCCACUCACCACCGGUGCCUCCAGCCGUUUGCUGCUCCAGUCUUUUUAGCAUUUUGUAGACUGAUGUUGUGCCUUUGUGUCUUUAUAGAAGCUGCAUAUUGUCUGCAGUGUCAUCAUGAAGCCUCCAUCUUUGUAUGAAUGGGAACCCCCAAAUCCAGAGAACCCAACUGGUGACUUGUCAUCUCUUCUACCAGCUCUGCCUAACCCGGCACCAGACACCGGAGAAACCUGGAAGAAUAAAAUCUUACAACUUUUCAGA